GCCACUUAUAAUAUUUAAAAAACGUGGCAACGCCAGUUUUAAUCAACAGAUCCCGCCAUUUAUGCGGCGCAUCAUCAGUUUGCAGAAAUAAACGCAUUCGACAUUGUGGACAUUCAUUUAAAAUAUUGAACAAAUCGGAUAAAACGUGUAAGAAAUAUGACGAAAUGCCUGUUGUGUCACAGUGCCAACAACGAUGAGCUUUUGCUGGGUAAAAUGCACUCUCGUCGACAUGGCCGCGUUACUGUUCAUGAGAAUUGUUUGUAUUUAAGCUCGAAUUUGGUGCAGCACGGCAGUGAAACUAGCGACGAUAUUUGCUGUUUCACUUUAGCAGAUAUCAAAAUCGAAUCACAACGCACACAAAAAUUGAAAUGUUUCUACUGCCACAAAAACGGUGCCAACAUUGGAUGUUGUGCCACAAAAUGCCAUCGAUCAUUUCACACCGAAUGCGGCAUCAAGAAUGGAGCCCAGAAUCAAUAUUGCAACACGUACAAUUCCUUUUGCAGUUUGCAUGUCAAGAAGUUCGCACAGCGACCCAAGGAUCAAGAAGAAUGUGCCGUUUGCCUGGACACGUUGCUCAAAAAGGAACAAUUCAAGUUCACGGAACACAUCUUGGGCAAGUGUUGCAACCGUGGCUGGUAUCACAAGCGCUGCUUGCAACAAUAUGCCAACUCGGCGGGAUAUUUCUUCAAGUGUCCGUUGUGCAACGAUAAGGAAAAGUUUCAUUUGGUUAGCAUGUGGGGCAUCUAUGUGCCAAAUCGUGAUGCUUCUUGGGAACAAACAGAUGCCUAUGACGGUGAACGGAUGUUGACGACUACGUGCACAGCCGAAAAUUGUCAAUUGCGUCGCGAGAAUCCAGAUGAAUCGGUAUCGGAAAUUCUAUUGUAUUGCAAUCUCUGUGGAGGCAAUCCAAUGCACACACAGUGCACACCAUUGGACACUGAAGAUUAUUGCUGCAACGAUUGCAAUGGCGUGACAAAUGAUACAAUCGAUCCGCAACUGAAUGACACUUUGAUUCCAACGGAAACUGCCACGAACUUGAAUGGUUCACACAUGAAAUUCGAGACAAUGGAACAUUCAAUGAAAAAAGAGGAGAAUGCUCCAAGCAUUACGCCUUUGCGUCCACGCAAUUGUUCACCGUCCGCAGAACGUCAAGAUUCUCGUUUUCGUAAUCGCAACAUUUGCAUGACAACGACUGACAUGAAGGGAGAGGAGGAGAAUAACGAGAAUAAACGUGGCCCCAUCAUAGUUAACAAGCUGGAAAAGGAGAAUUCUUCACCGAUUUUGCAAGAUCAACGCUUAGGGCAUGCCAUGGAAGCAGCGCUUGAACCGAAAUUAAAGAUCGAAGAUCAAUUGAGCGAUUCUGAUAUAGGAGAUGAUUUGGAAAUCGUUUGUGCAUUGCUAAAGAAGCAAGAGGAAGAAUCACGCAAAGCCAAUCAAUUGAAAUAUGAUCAGAUGCCGGUUUCCGAUCAACGAUCAAGUCACGGUGAUCAAGCAUCGCUUGAGUCAAAGUCUGAGAUCAAAGAUAAGUUGAAUGAUUCGGAGAUGGGAGAUGAUUUGGAAAUCGUUGUUGCAAUGCUCAACCAGAAGAAAGCAGAAGCAGACGCGGCAAGGGAGGCUCUUAAUAGGGACAUGCAAUGGGAGGAGGAUAAAGAGAAUAAUCAGCUAACUUCAAAUACAACUGCAACUCAAACGCCUUCAAUUCGUUCUCGCUCCAGACGCAAGACAAUCUCAGAGGAAAAGUCUACGCAAUCGAGUGAAACAGCUAUUGAAAUGCGUGAAACUCGUUCGCGAUCGAGACAUCGAUUGUCACAGGAUGUGAAUGUAAAGCAUGUUGAAUCUCAGCCGGAGAAUAUAACUGUGCGUUCAAGACUGAGUUGCCGAUUGUCCCCGGAUGUGAAUGUUGAUCAUAUUGAAUCUCAGGCAGGAAAGAAUACUGUGCGUCCAUCGCGUUUGCGUUCAAGACUGAGUAGCCGAUUGUCGCAGGAUGUUAAAUCUGAUGAAUCUCAGUCAGAAAAGAUGGCUGUGCGUCAAACACGUUCGCGUUCGAGAUUGAGUUGCCGAUUGUCGCAGGAUGCCAAUGAUGAACUUGUUCAAUCCCAGCCAGAGAAGGCUACAGUGCCUCCAACGCGCUCGAGACUGAGUUGUCGAUUGUCCUUGGAUGUGAAUGUUGAUCACAUUGAAUCUCAGGCUGAAAAGGAUAAUGUGCGUCAAACGCGUUCACGCCAACGUCGUGCCUCAAUUGCCGUGACACCGCAACUGUCUUCCGAAACAAUGCGUCAAACACGUUCACGUUCGCGUCUCAGUGGCUACCCCAAAGAUACAAACAAAGUGCCUCAGCCAACUGAGAAUCGUGCAGCUCGAUUGCGUCAAAGACGCGGCACACUCGUUGUGGAGAGAUCAGCGAAGGAGAAGUCGCAAUCGCCGCCUUUAAAACAUCAAACGCGCUCACGCUCUGCCUUAAAGCGCAGAUCACCGACGGACUUGCAUGUAGGUCGGCAUCCAAUGCGUCGUCGUAGCCAACACGCGCUGCAGCCCGAGGCGUUGUUGAAUUGCUGUUGAAGAGCAAUUGAGAGUCCAAUGAUCU